GGGAGGGGUGGGGUUUAGAGGAAGCGGAAGUGUCAGAGCAGGCGGAAGUGGUACUGCCCUGAAUACCCUGAGCAGCGAGCGGAGGACGGCUUCAUAAACUCCCAUCGUUCAGAGAAUAAAAUCGGGAUUCCUUGUACGCUCUAAAUCCUCAAAAUGGAUAAGAACGACCUGGUGCAGAAGGCCAAGCUGGCAGAGCAGGCCGAGCGCUAUGACGACAUGGCGGCUGCCAUGAAGGCCGUGACGGAGCAGGGCUCGGAGCUCAGCAACGAGGAGCGCAACCUGCUCUCUGUCGCCUACAAGAACGUGGUGGGGGCUCGCCGUUCAUCCUGGCGCGUCAUCUCCAGCAUCGAGCAGAAGACGGAGGGGAACGAGAAGAAACAGCAGAUGGCACGCGAUUACCGUGUGAAGAUCGAGGCUGAACUCCAAGAAAUCUGCCACGACGUGCUGAAUCUGCUCGACAAAUUCCUCAUCCCCAACGCAACUCCGGCGGAGAGCAAGGUGUUCUACCUCAAAAUGAAAGGAGACUACUUCAGAUACCUGUCAGAGGUGGCCUCUGGGGACUCAAAGAAGGACACGGUGGCGAGCUCUCAGCAGGCCUACCAGGACGCCUUCGACAUCAGCAAGAAGGACAUGCAGCCAACACACCCCAUCCGGCUGGGCCUGGCCCUCAACUUCUCCGUCUUCUACUACGAAAUCCUCAACUCGCCCGAGCAGGCCUGCUCUCUGGCCAAGCAGGCUUUCGACGAGGCGAUCGCCGAGCUCGACACCUUGAACGAGGACUCGUACAAAGACAGCACGCUGAUCAUGCAGCUACUAAGGGACAACCUGACU